AUGACUGAUCUCACCAUCGAUGACGUUGCAUUUUCCCGCCUUAGAGACAAGGUCAUUAUAAUUACAGGUGGCUCAUCCGGGAUUGGUUUGGCAACAGUUCAACUUCUCCUCGCAAGUGGAUCAAAGGUGGUAAUUGGUGAUCGCAAUCCACCUCCACCAGAGCUAGUGGAUGAUGCCAAUCUGACAUAUUUGCAAAUCGAUGUUACCAACUGGAGAGACCUGGUCGCAUUGUUCAAGAAAGCAAGGGAAAUUUAUGGGUCGAUUGAUCAUGUCUUUGCGAAUGCGGGAAUUUCCAGCAAAACCAGCUUCUUCGACGACGAAACUGAUGAGAAUGGAGAUCCUGUCGAACCCAAGUACCCUACUCUCGACGUAAACCUAACGAGCGUGGUUAACACGGUGAAGCUGGCGAUCUUUUAUUUGAAGCAGCAGAAGGGCGGAGGGAGUAUUGUUCUGACUGCUUCCGCAUCCAGUCUAAUGCGCGGCCUCACCCCGCAUCUAUAUCCCGAACUCCCCAUCCGCAUCAACGCCAUUGCGCCUAGCUGGACAGAUACCGGAAUCGUUCCACGCGCCCUUCUCGAGCUGGUAGGUGUUACCGUACAGUCUGCGCAUGUCGUCGCUCUCUCCGUGGCGCUUCUCAUGUGUAGCGAUGGCGGGAACAGCGUGGAUAGCGUGGAUAGAGUGGAUAGCUCACGCCAUGGACAGCUGAUAUACUCUGUUGCCGGAUUAUACAGGGAGAUUGAAGAGGGGAUGUUGGAAGCGGUGGCUGGGUUGUUGUCACCUUUGUCACCUGAUGGGUUAAGUGAAAAUGAGGCUCUUGAGAGAGUUUUGGUGGCUGUUAGGACGAUGAAGUUGGAAAAGGAUGGUGUGAGUAAGUAG